AUGGACAAUUCUGAGUUAUAUGAGAUACAAUAUAUAUUCGGCUCUUAAAUACUAGAUAACAAAAUGCAAUACUGUGUCAAAUGGAAAAAUUAUCCUAAAUCCCAAAGAACCUGGGAGCCUAUUGAGAAUCUUGGAGUUCACAACAUAUCCUCUGUUCGUAGAUUCCAAAGACAUGCAGAUUACUUUCUGUUUUAUUAGUUCAUCUAUGAGGAUUAGGUGGAAGGAUAUAGAGUGCAUUAAAAAUAAAAUACACUUGAAAAAAUUAAAGUCAUACCAGAUCCUUAAGAAGAGGAAGAACAAAUAGAACAAGCCAAUACAGACAAACUUAACACAACCCUCAAGGAGACAGUUAACAAACCAAUCAUUACCCCUAAGGAAACUACCAAAAGGACUAAUAGAUCCAGUAGAAAGUAAACAUAUCAAAAGGAAGAAUAUGAGUCUCAUUCCGAUUCUAAAGAUUCCGAUUUUGGUAGAAGAGGCAAGAAAUCCAGAUCCAAGGCUAAAUCUUCAUAAUCCAGAAGGAAAUCUCCGACUUCUGCAGGAGAUAAAUCGAAUUAAACCUAACCAAAGAAAUCUCAGUUUGUAAAGUAAGAAUAAGUAGAAACUGAUGAGAUCAAUCCUGUUUAAUAAAAAUCCUAAGAAAGAUAACCACUCCCAGACCAAGAUAAAUAAAAUGAGGACAAUUUAAGUGAAAAGUCUAAGUCUCCUAAAGGACAAUAAAAGGUUUAGACAAGACUACGAAAUUUGAGGAAUUAAAAAUCUGUUGAAUAGAUUAAAUCUCCUGCUUAUUUCAAUUCAGUUAGAAAAUUGAUUCAGUCACUUAAUGAAGAUGAGAGAUCACUAGUUGCAUCCUACAUCAAUGACAAAAUGAAAGACAACAUCUUUGAAAAUCUGGGAGCUUUGUGUAUAUUGGAUUAUAUGUAAAGAAAAGACGAAGUAUUACAGGAAAUUAAAUAACAAGAAUAUGUUUAUCCUUAAAAAGGAGAUCCAGAUGCCUAAUAGAAUAAAUAAAAGAAGAGGAUUAAGAAAUUAGAAAAGUCAUCUAUCAAAAUGGAAUCCCAGAGAUCAACUGACAUUGCUUGUCCUCCCAUCUCUAAAAGACUCUUUAGAUUGUCUGCCUUUGAAUAGAAAAGGAAGUUAAUCAAAAAGAAAGAAGAUCCUUGUAAUAUGGCUGAUUUCUUGGCUUCCAUCAAUCAAUUCCCAUAAUUUGGAGUAGUGUUGACUGAGGUUGACACCAAAGAAUAGUAUGGAUAAAUUGGAUUCUAAAUGGGCGAAGAGAUAACUGGACAUUAUUAUGGUAUUAAUGCUAAUGAAGUUGGUAAGGCCAAUAUUUAAUUGUAUUUCAUCAUGAAAUUCAGAAGAGAAGGGGAUAAAACAUUUCUAUACAAUCAUGUCACUAAAGCUGAAUGCUAACUCUAUGAAAAAGACUUACUCUAUGACUAUGUCUACAAAAAUCAAGACUUACUACCAGAGAUGUAUAAUGAACUUAUUGUUAGAAGUGUUUAUAAUUAAUAGUGA